GUUUUUCACCUUUUUCCUUAAAUUGAGCUUUCCACUGCUAGAACUUGGGACUUCUAGCUCAGAAUCUUCAUUAGAACACAAUCUAGAAUAAUAAGAAGGAAAAUCCCAAAGCCUUGCCUUCAGACAAAUUCAAAUUAAUUUUCUUUAAUGAUUCUCCCUUUGCCAACUGUGUUCUUGCACAGUCGGUCUUUGCCCUUGGUUUAUUCUCCAUACAGCAACUCUGCUUGUUUCUGUGUGGCAUAAAAUUCUGCAUAUUCCUCUCUGAGUUGUUAAGAAAACUCUGCCCUUUUCCAUCAUCUCUGAGCAGCAGUCAUAUGUCUCCUUUCUGAUCUCAGGACUCUCCUGCUUACGUCGGGGCUCCCUGCUUGCUGUGCUUCCCCUCUGCUGUUUCACCCUGCUCUCGAAGGCUGUGCCAGAAUCUAAAAGUCCUUGGAAAAUGAGUGUUCUUCUCAUUGAAGCCUUUUAUGGUGGUUCCCAUAAACAGCUGAUGGAUCUUCUCCAGGAAGAGCUACAAGAAGACUGUGUCCUCUGUACGCUCCCUGCCAAGAAGUGGCAUUGGAAAGCACGGACUGCUGCUCUUUAUUUCAUGCAAACAGUGCCUGCAAGUACUAAAUACAGGAUCCUCUUUGCAAGCUCGGUGCUGAACCUGGCUGAACUCGCUGCCCUCCGCCCUGACCUUGGCAAAUUGAAAAAGGUCCUCUACUUUCAUGAGAACCAAUUGGCAUAUCCUGUCCAGAAAUGCCAGGAAAGGGAUUUCCAGUACGGAUACAACCAGAUUCUUUCCUGUUUGGUUGCUGAUGUGGUGGUGUUCAACUCGGCUUUUAAUAUGGAAUCGUUUCUUACAUCCAUUGGAAAAUUUAUGAAGCUGAUUCCUGACCACAGACCUAAGGAUUUGGAAAAAAUAAUCAGACCGAAGUGCCAAGUUCUUUAUUUUCCAGUCAGGUUUCCUGAUGUGAGCAGGUUCAUGCCAGAACAUAAGCUUGCCCAUUUGGAAAAGGUAAUUGGUGCUAAAAGAAAUGAAGAUGGUUAUCAAUCGGAGGAUCUGUCCGGCCAGCAGAAGAGCCGAGCUUUAAUGAAAAACAGCAAGGCACAGUGUGAGUCUGGACUUUGUGAAGCCCAACCUGGACUUUAUACCACACAGCAUGAGGGGCUGCCUUCCCCAUUAACAGCACCGGCGAGAUCGAACCAGUCUGAAGCAUCAGAAAGUACAAAUCCUUGUCAAGAAGAUGAUAAGCAACAUCUGACUUUUAACCUCUCUAAUAUCUUGAGUGGACAGGACUAUCAGCAAAGACCUUUACAUGUUGCCUGGCCUCACAGGUGGGAACAUGAUAAAGAUCCGGAGACUUUCUUUAAAGUCCUGCUGAAACUGAAAGAGAAAGAUCUACCUUUUCAUGUUUCCGUCCUUGGAGAGGCUUUCACUGAAAUUCCAGAUAUCUUUUCAGAGGCCAAAAAAGCAUUGGGAUCUUCUGUCUUGCACUGGGGCUACUUACCCAGCAAAGAUGACUAUUUCCAGGCUCUGUGCACGGCCGAUGUUGUCAUCUCGACAGCUAAACACGAAUUCUUUGGCGUGGCAAUGGUCGAAGCUGUAUAUUGUGGCUGUUACCCGCUGUGUCCCAAAGCCUUGGUGUACCCAGAGAUAUUCCCAGCUGAAUAUCUGUAUUCUACACCUGAACAGCUUUUUAAAAGGCUUCAGAAUUUCUGCAAGAGACCAGAUAUUGUAAGGAAACAUCUCUAUAAGGGCGAGACGGCUGGGUUUUCUUGGGCAGCGCUCGGCGGUAAAUUCAGGUCUCUGCUCGCAGCAGAACCGAGGGAAGAUUUGUGACAGAUGGGGCUAAGUCACAAACUUGCAGCCUCAGGCAGAAUUGUGGAAGUUUCCAGAGUGUGCCCAUAUUUACCUGAUCAGAGAGAAAAGAAAAUCUGCAGAGGAAGCCGAGCCUGGCUGCUUGUCAUAGCUGACACAGAGCCAUCUGCCACAAACCUGUGGCGGCUUCAGAUCUCCAAUCCCUGCCACCACCCCAGCUCAAAUUAAAUACAGAUUCUUAGAGACGUUAUGAUGGUUACACAUGUCCUCGGCAUCACAUGCAGGAGACUGUUCAAAAAAAAUAUGUGGCCUGUUGUGUAACCGCACUCAUGUAUCCCAUAUGUGGUGCCACAUUGAAUUUCCGGUUGAAUCUGUUUUUAUCCUUUGUACUGGAUGACAUGGUGCCUGAAUUCUUUCUUUUCGCCGACACGAUGGCAGCCAAGCUGCAGCUUCAAACGCUCACACUUGGCUGAGUUUCUACCUAGGUUGCCAGGUUAUCAUUGGAGCCUUAUUGUGUCCUCAAAGGGCCACAGGGCCUGAAAGGAGGAUCCGAAUGCUGCCGGACUAAUUGGGCAGCCAUCUCCGGGUUGUUUGGAGGCAAAGGGCUGCUUUAGCACGUUUGUUUUUUUUUGUUUUUUUUUUUUCCCCAAAAAUUAAUGACUCUCUGGCACAGGGGUUUUUAAGUGAAGGUAUUAAUAAGGGGUCUGGCAGGUAAUCCCAUGAUUCGUGGAGUUACAUUUGCAUUUAAUUAAUCUUAAAGAAAGCUGAAAGAUAAACAGCUGUAAUUCAAACUAGCAUGGGAAAUAUGCUACAUGGUGCCAUCUAUCCGAUAAAAUGAAAGCCGAGACACUUGUUUUAUUUCUCUCAAGGAUGGAGAACAAACAGAUAACAGUCAAAAUACUUCCAAUAAAAACCAGUAGUUUAAAUGUAACGGCAGUUCAUCAAGAAUCUUUGCAUCCAGUUACAGUCUUUUAAAGAUAAAUCACUUAUGAUUCCAGCAGUCAAGCUGCUAUAUUUGUUGAUGUAAAAUGUUUUGAAGAUGUAGAUUGUACAAUAAAUUUUUAAUAAAGUGCCCACUGCAAUUUUUAA